ACGACAGUACCAUGGCCACGUUCAAGCGCAAGGGCUCGAUUGUGCAAGACCCGGCGCUGAACCGCCUCAAGCAGCACGGCGCGACCGCCACAAACGUCGCAUCGCCCAAGGGCAUUUCCCACAAAAAGCCGACGGCGGAGGAGAAUGUGCAUCUCGCGCGCCGCCGCUUGAGUGUCGUGAGCGACAAUACGCUGGUCGAAGGGCUGGCCAGCGUCUCGACCGCCGACCCGGACGGCAUCCAAGACGGCACAGCCUCGAUCGGGUGCUACGCCGGCGUGAGCAAGAAAGGGUAUGCGCCGUACAACCCGCGCAAGAAGAACCAAGACUCGAUGAUCAUGCAGUACGACGCGACGACCAAGUCGCUCCUCCUCGGAGUCUUUGACGGCCACGGCGAAGCGGGCGACGGCGUCUCGCAGUAUUUUCGCGCGCAAUUUCCCGACGAGCUCUUCAAGCACGCGGGCUUUGCGCCGACAGGCGACAUGGCCAAAGACGCGGAAGGCAUUCAAGCGGCCAUGACCUUUGCGAUGAACGCGGUCGAGAAGCGCGUGCUCCGAGACCAGAGCAUCGACACGGAGUUUAGCGGCAGCACGGGCGUCGUCAGUGUCAUCCGUGACAAGCUCCUCGUCGUCGGCAAUGUUGGCGACUCGAGAGUCACACGUGGAUACGCCCAAGGCGCAACGAUCAUCGCGGAAGCCGUCUCGGACGACCACAAGCCGGACCGGCCGAACGAGAAGGCGCGGAUUCUGGCCGCCGGCGGCCGUGUCUUUGCGGUCGAAUACGACGACGGCAUCGACGGCCCACCGCGUGUCUGGCUCGGCCACAUGGACGUCCCGGGCUUGGCCAUGUCUCGGUCGCUCUGCGACGCGGUCGCGCACACGGCGGGGGUGAGCUCCGAGCCCGAGUUCUUUACCCGCAUUUUGGACGCCAACGACAAGUGUCUCGUCAUUGCGACGGACGGGCUCUGGGAAUUCAUGUCGGACGACGAAGUGAUCAAGAUGGCAACGGCCCACACCGACCCGAAGCAAGCGGUGGAUGUCCUCAUCUUGGAGGCCAACCGCCGGUGGAUGAAGGAAGAGCAGGUCAUCGACGACACGACCGUCAUCGUCGCGUUCGUCAACGUCCAAUAGACGUACUGUAGGACAGCUACAACACUGCAACUAUAACAGUAUACAUCGACUUGUGCAUUCUGGUA